AAAAGGUAUAAAAAUUCAAUUUUUGGGGUAUUUUCAAGACCUAAAUUACACAUUUUUGAUAAGGGUGCUAAACACACUCUAUCAGGAAUCAGAGCAACUAUUCAUGGUGGUCCUAGUUUUUCAGGAAUUUAUAUGGGUGGUAUACUUGGAAAUAUAGGAUCAGAGUUGAUAUUUCCUCACAAUCACUAAUAAGGAUUAAAAUAAGAUGAAGAUAUAAUUAUGAAGAUCAUCUAAGAGAAUUGAAGACAUCAUCAGGACCUGGUUAAAAUUGGUUAUUGCACGAAAUGAAUUAUGAUAACAAGAGAUGAUAGAGUGAACAAUGAAGAAUUCAAAUGUAGGUCCAAGAAAUCAUUUAAACAAUAGAAAGGAUUUUGAAUGGAUCAAUAUCACUGUACCUAAAAGAAUUGCUGAAGCCUGUGCUAAAAACCCAAGAGUAAUCAGAUUUAUUCAUUUUUCUGCUUGUGGUGCGAAUCCUCAUCCCGAAUCCUUAGAUUUAUAAACUAAAUACAUAGGUGAAUAGGAAUUAGAGCAUGAAAUUAAUAUAGAUUUUAAAUGCUUUUCCAAAUGCCACCAUAUUCAGACCAAGUGUGAUUGUAGGAGACAAUGAUGAUUUUGCAUAUCAUUGGUAGGUUCAGAAGAGACACUUCCAUAAUUUCAAUAUUGUACCAGAUAACUGUUAAGCAAAAAAGACAGCCUAUUUUUGUUCAAGAUGUAUUCUUAAGCUAUAGACUAUAGAAUAAACCUAUGAAUUGGGAGGUCCUCAUGUUUAUACUUUGUUGGAAUAUUAUGAAAUGUUUCAUAAUAUUGUUCAAAGACCGCUAAAAUUGGCACACAUUGAUAAAUAACUAUUACUAAAGAUCGCUUAAUAUAUUCCAAAUUGGAAGUAUUUCAAUAUAGAUUAUAUCUUAAAACACGGAGAUGAUAUGGUCGUUUAAGUUGGAUCAAAAAUAAUUGAUGAUUUAUGCGUUAGACCAUUGUAGUUAACACAAGCACUUUAGAAUAUCUUCUGGGAUAUUCAGGCUCGUUAUGGUGGAUCAAGUGAAUUAUAUAAAAGAUGA